GUCCGAAAUAUAUUUAGUGGUGUUCGAUCCAUGUUAUAAGACGCUUUCCGUCAGCUGAUGCGAGCGUUUGGUUUUUGAGGAAAAUAUCUUAAGAAACUGUCCAAAAACAUUGAAAAUGGAUGAUCCUGAAUCCAAUGGGAAGGAGUCACCUGAUGAUGAUGUUGACCUAAGUUCCCCAGAAUCCUCGCCAUCAAGACUUUCUGCUGUACCAUUUCACCCUCUGUACAGAGUUACCGUCCCUGAUGCUGUGAAAAAUGGAGAUGUAUUACAGUUUACAAUAAAGGUGUACAAGUGGGACGAGGAUGUGGAAGUGAGUGAAAUUUUGAGAGUAUUUGGAGACAUAGAAUGGUUACAUCACAACAUCAUAACACAAAACAACAUUGAUGGUCUUAUUGUCCCACCUCUUCCACAACGGCCAGAAGUUGAUGCGAAAUCAGCUGAGUCAAAAUCAAAGAAACAGCUUGGUAGUGAUUCUAGAAUUGUCAUCCCAGAUGAGUUUUCCAGAGAUUGUAGACAUUUAGAAAAAUAUUUAAGAUUAAUGCUUAACCAUGAAACAUUUGGGAAGGAUAAAAGUCUUGAAAAAUUUCUCUGUGAGCAAGAGGCACCUGUGAAAACAAAAGUUAAUCAAGGAUUCUUCAGCCGAAUGUCUUCUGCUGUAGAAACAGCUAGAAAAGAACACCACAGAGAUAUUGAUGAUUUUUUCUCGAAGAAGCGGGAGUGGUGUACAACUUUCUCGAAAGCUAUCAAAGAUAUGUCAGGUGACUUUAACAGAAUGGUAAACGCUCAACAUAGACUGGCCACCAGUUAUGGACAUACAUCAACAGCAUUACAACUUGGAGGUGUUAAUAGAGAUCUCACAAGCCUUACUAUAAACAGAUAUCUAACAACAUUAUCAGAUGCAACAGGAAAUACAAAGCAUGGGCUUGAGGUGCUAUGUAGAAAUGAUGAAAAAACUCUGGGGUUUCAACUUGAUCUUUACGCCAGAUAUGCAGACUCUAUAAAGGACAUGUUGUUCAGGAGGACAAUUCUAUUGGUUGAUUAUGAGGAUGCUAAUAGGGCACUAGAUAAGGCCAAACCUGCGAAGAGAAAGGCUGCAGAAGAUGCGAAGCAUGCUGCAGAGACAAAAUAUGAAAUGUGUUGUGAUAAUGCCAGGAGAGAGCUGAAGAUGUUUCUUCAAGCCCGAAUGUUAGCAUAUCAAGACGGCCUCGUAGCAUUCUGUGAGUCGCAAAUAAAGACUGCUCGAGACACAUACACUUUACUGGCUAAGACAAUGACAGUUCUAAAACAGAGUGAGGAAUAGUGUCUCUUAUAAUUAACAAAUUGGAAAUCGUGCAAUUUGAUUCACAAAAGAUGUGCAAUUUGAUUCACCAAAUUUGAUUUUUUUUUAAUUAAAGUUGUGCAAUUUGAGUGAUUAAAGUUGUGCAAUUUGAUUUUUACUGAAACAUUCCUUGAUGAAUAGCUUAACUAUGAAACAUUCCAGCUUCUUGUAUUUUGCUGGCUUUUUGCAAACAUGGUUUAAUUCUUAUAAAAACCCAUAAUGGGGGAGAUACAGCAUUUUUGCAAUAAGCCCAAAGUACAAUGUUAUGUCAUGUACAUAAAUUAUUACCCUGUAUUUGCUUAGAAUACAUUAGUUAAGCUCUAUGGCAAUGAAUUGUGUUAUACCACUUUCAAAAUGUAUAUGCACAUUUGUUAUAUUUUGAUUUUUACACAAAAGUUUGUAUAUGACUAUUUUAUGGUCUAUUUUUUUCAUACAUGUUUAUAAAUAACAUCUUGAAGCCAAAUUUUUUAUAGCAGUUACACAGUAUUUUUUAUCAUAUAUUUUAAAAAGCACUUUUACAUAUAUAUACAUGUAUUUAAGAGGAGAUAUUUUGUUUUUGUUUUUAGUGGAUAUGAAUUAUAUUUCAUCAAUGAAAAGUGAAAUAUUUCCAAUAUUCUCAUUUGUAUAAGAUAUAUUCCAUAGUCAUAAAGUGCAAUUUAUUUAAUUCUUUUUUAUUGUAUCAUGGGCAGUUGUCACAGUGAGUGAUAUCAGUUUUAUCUCACUAGUAGUCUGAAUACAGUGCUUAAUUUAUAACAGCAACUUUGAAAACAAAUAUUUAAAGCCCCAGUACAGCAGCUCUAGGACAGAUCUUUAAUAAUUGAAGUAAUUUAUACAGAGAAACACUAAGCUUUCCUGACCUUGAACAUCAUUGUGUCUCAUUAACUUUUAAAAUCAAAAACUGUCCUCACCAGUCUAAUUUGGUCCAGAGUGAAGAACAUAUAGUCUUUGUACACUCAUGUACUAUUUUUAGAUGCCAGUGUUAAUAAGACAAAAAUCCCAGUUUUGUUUUCAAUUACAUUAAUUUUUUUCAAAGGUUAUGAAUAUGCUUGUAUAUUCUUUUUAGUUUACUGAAAUUUUAUUAUUGGGUAUGUGUAAUAGAACUUUUUGUUCAACUUAAAAAGAAUUAUUGUGAUUGUCAAUAUUGAUUGAAACCAAGUAAUUUUGUACUUUAUUAUAUAUCAUGUGCUUCAAGGUUAUUAUACAUUGUCGAGUUCAGUACUGGAUUUGAUUGGACGAGUACACAUUUGUCAAAUCUAUAUUGGAUGAGGCGCUACCGGAGUCUGAUAUAGGUUUUGCACCUACAAGUCCAAAAGAAGCAAUAUUGUCCUCAGCAAUGUAUAAUGACCUCUUUAUUUCACAUUUUUCACAAUCAUUUUGACAGAACUCUUGACAGAACAAUAGGGAAUCCAUAUACAUUUUUGACCAAAAAAUAGAAAUGAGGCUAGAUGGAGUUACGAGUAUGACAUGUACUUGGUAUAUAUAUUUUAAACUCUGAAAAAUAUAGCUGUGACAUGUACAUUAUUAUGCAGAGAUUAUAAUUAUUAUGUGAGCUGUGGAGAGUAGAACUUUAGAAUAUUAUUUAAUAAAAUAUGUGCAAUAUUUGAUUUUCCAUGAACUUAAAGUAGUAAGUUUAUAUCAUAUAUACAGUAAAACAUUGAAAGCCAAGUACCUUAUUUUUAUAUUGUCCAUGAAUACAUAAUGUCAAAAAAGUUUUUUUUCUGUAGUGAAGUACAAACUCCUAACAGUGAUUACCUCCCUUUGCAUAUUGUACUGCACUGAUAAGGGGAGAUCACUGCAUAGGAGAUUGCCUCCUGAUAAGGGAUUGGAUAGUCUUAAACUUGGACACAAGUUAUCUCCCCUGAAUUACAGGAGGUGGUGAGGUUUGAGAUUUUACAAGUUUUCUUGGUCCCCCAAGUCAAAAUAUUACUGAUGUUCACUAGCUUUGAAGUGAUUAAUGUGCUAAAGGAUUGUAAGAGUUGAUAUCCAAAUCAUUUUUACAAAA